AUGACAACCUCAACCGAGGGUCUUGAGCUAGCUCAGCUGGUUUUCUACGCCAUUGCUUCCCUCCCCGCCAUAUACUGUUUCAUUACACACGGCAAGUAUGGAUUAGUUGGAUGGCUAUAUGUCUUCGCGAUGUGCGGCCUACGAUUAGUAGGAAACGGCAUGGCAUACCACGCACUUUCCACAACUGGCAAGCCCAGUACGUCUGCUUCGAUUAUCAACGGAAUCGGUCUCUCGCCUCUACUACUAGCAGCGCUUGGAAUUCUUCACGAAGCCAACCACUCAAUUCAAUCGGCACUUCCUGCGUUUCUUGGUUCCUUUGGCCUUCUUAUUCCCCAUAUGGUCAUCGCUGGUGGAAUUGGCCUCGCCGCUGCCAGUGGCAAAAACCCUCACUUGUUGGAAAUAGGGCUCAUCAUCUUUGCCACGGGUUGGAUCAUCGUGCUAGGUCUGGUGAUACUCUCGGUCAGAGCAAAUGCUCAUCCCCGCCGAGUCGGCGACGAAAAGAAGCUUCUUUUGGCUGUAGGGAUUGCCAUGCCUCUGAUCGGAGUGCGUGUUAUCUACGCGAUCGUGAUCGCUUUCAAGUAUCAAAAUACGUCCAGUGGAAGCCUAGCUGUCAUGGUCAUCCUUGGCACGGUUCCAGAAUUUCUGGUCAUGAUCAACUAUCUUUCAGCUGGUGUGAUGACUCGAAAUUUGGCUCGCGACCGUGUGGAGAAGAGACCUCAGCCAGCUUACGAUACGGCUUAUUCUGCU